UAUAUUUUCAACAAAUCAAUCGGCGUUGUACUGUCUAUCGCUUUAUGUCUUUCAUUAUUUAUUUCGGUGAUAACCCUUGCCAUUUAUUAUUGGCGAGAUCGAGGCGUUUAUGAGGAGCUCAUCGAUUACCUCGAUAAAACGAUAAGUAUAUCGAAAAUCAAUUACAAUCAUCUACUGGGAUUAUAUCAGUUGAGUGACAAAGAGGUCAAUGUACUCAGCGAGGAACGAACGUAUAAAACAAUUCUUGGAUGCUAUUUGCUAGGAGAUCUGGCAUGCUAUAUUUGCCUAGUGCUUGCCAUAAUUCUGUAUUUUACCAGUAACGUCUCAAAAUCAAGGACUUUUCAGGUGAUCUUAUGCAUCGGGGUGCUGUACUGUAUUUGUGAAGUUCAUCUAUUCACUUUCAUGCUUAUGCCAUAUUCAGCUGCUCUGCCAAACUCCACUGAACAGUUACUCAAUCAUGCAAUUCCUCAUAAUCCUGGCGGCCUGAUGCAAAUGGAACAACGACUAGGCUGCACCUUCGAUCAUAACCUCUACGCUGCCAAUAAACGCCGACUCAAUCCACGGAACACCUGCGAUCCACAGAUCGAGUCGUCGUUCAUUCCACGAUUCGUCCUUGUUUUUCUGCUCGUUCUGCGAUUACUGCCUAUCGUCGUUUGUGCUUUAUUGCUAGCCAAACGCACUCCCCUGAGUGAAUCGAUCGCCAUGCUUGUCGAAAGGUUGACUCCUACACGGAAGAAGACAAGUGCCGCAGGAACACCUCUGCCUCCGAUUCCGUCACCUACACACAUUGAUCACAACUAG